GUGGAAACGCACACGGAAUUUUUUGACAAGUUUUCGAUUCGCUACCACAUUCAAAUCAUUUUCAAGAUGAUGUGGCAGUCAUCGGUGCAUCGUAACAUGAUGAUCGAAUAUUCGAACAACUGCGAUUCCAACUUUUUGCGCUUCGUCAACAUGCUGAUCAACGACGCGACAUUUCUGUUGGACGAAAGCCUCGAAGGUUUAAAGCGCAUUCGCGAAACCGAGGAGAUCAUCAACAAUCCGGCAAGGUGGCGAAAACUUACCACGGAAGAACAACGUGACUUAAGGUCACAUCUACAGCAGGACGAACGGGUGGUGCGUGCCUCAUUUCAGCUGGCGUCGGUUACCGUAGACAUGUUCAGUUACAUGACCGAUGUCAUAAAAGAGCCAUUCCUUUGUCCGCAACUCGGCAAUCGGUUGGCCGCGAUGUUAAAUUACAACAUGGCUCAGCUAUGCGGGUCAGAGUUCAAGCAUCUGCGCGUCAGAAACCCCGGGCUAUAUAACUGGAGACCAAGACUGCUGCUGGAUCAACUAACAGACAUAUACCUGCACCUAGAUUCGGUUAAAUUUGCCAACGCGAUCGCCUCCGAUGAGAGAUCCUACAGUAAUCAGUUGUUCGAGGACGUAAUCGACCGUAUUUUGAAGCACUGCGUAAAGCCCAUUUCUCAGGUGGAACAGUUUCGUCUACUUGCUGAGAAAGCGCAUUUGAUGUGGAACCAGAAACAGAAGGUAGAAGAAAGCUGGGGAGAGAUUCCUGAAAAUUUCUGUGACCCCGUGAUGGGAACGUUAAUGAAGGAUCCCGUUUUUCUGCCAUCAGGUCAUGUGAUGGAUCGCGAAAUUAUUUUGCGUCAUUUACUAAACACUCCAACGGACCCGUUUUCCCGACUACCAUUAAACGAAGCCAUGUUGACACCAGGUAAGUAA